AUGAUCCGCCUUAUCACCAUCUGCGUCCUCACUCUCUCUCUCCUCCUCGCCUCCACCUUCGCCGCGCCGGCCGAAGCCACCAACAACACCAUUGCCGCCGGAGACGCAGCCAGCGGCAGCAGCAGCAGCUGCAGCUGCUAUAGAGACUGCUACUGGAAUAUCGCGGGUAUGAAAGCCUACUGUGACAACUGCGGCGCUCAGCCAACAGAUUACCACUCACAACACUUCUCUCACAACACCACCACCACCACCACCACCACCAAAAUGCCUUCCCAUCUCACCAUCCUCAACCCUCUCACCCUAAUCCUACUCCUCCUCGUCCUUCUUCUCGCCCCAACAACCCUAUCCCUCCCCACAGAAACCACCACCACCACAGCCUCAAAAGCCCGCCACCUCCUCCCCGCCGCCCCAAUCGCAAUCUCAAACCUCGCACCAAGACGCGCCCCCUGCGCCCCCAACUGCCGGAAACCCCAGUACGACGAAGCGUACUGCACCUCGUGUGAUUCACUGAGCGGCUAUGCGGACGUGGACGAUGCGGCUAGACUAUAG